CGUAGUCGGCCUUGCUCCUUCUUCCUCGUUUGAUGAACGUUGAAUUGAACUGACCGCUAAACGCCAUCUAAUUAAACAUUAAAGGCAUAAAAUUCUAAUAUUAAGCUUCCAUCCAUUCCCAGAUUGUAACUCAGACUCAGAAACUCAAUUACGCUUUCCCCGCGGUCACAGACAUUGGUUGUAACGCCUACGCGCUCGGAAGCUUACCCCAGCAGUAGCUAUCCCCGGUGGUAAUACAUAGACAAAUCUCUCACAAUGAAGCUCCUAAUUGGCUUGCCAUUCAUCACUUUGGCUGCCAACUCUUUUGCAGCAGAAAUUGCUCCAGACACACAGUACUUAUUCGCCAAUCCUCCAGCUUCGCAGUCAAAUUAUCGAAUCCCAACUUCGUAUGAAUCGGCAGUUCUGGCUCGACGCAUCUUAGCGCUAACUCCACUCGGAACGCUCGCUACCGUUUUCCCAGAUUCUUCCCGUGCGCGACAACCCGAUGGCCUAGGUGGCAUGCCUCUAGGGCUGUUGGAGUAUGUAGCCGAUUGCGAAGAGGAUGGUGACCCUACCUUCCUAGCCAUCAACAUCGAAACAACCUUCAGGAACGUUCAAGGCGGCUCAAAUAUUAGCUUAGCCCAACAGUGGACACCCCCAUACCCACCUGACAAGCGCAUCAAGUCCACCUUCUUUGAUUGGCUAUUCGGACGGAAUGAUGAGCCUAAGGAAAAGGUACCCUAUAGCGCUGUCAACCUCCCCCGAUAUAGCCUGUUAGGUUACAUCGAAAAGAUCGAUCCGGCAUCCACUAAAGCUCUAUCCUCAUGUUUCGUGAAUACACACCCCGAUGCGAAAUACUGGCUUCCUGGCAACAAAAUCCACGAGUCCGAAUUUGUGAGAUUAGUCGUCACCCAAAUCUACUGGAUUGGCGGUUUCGGCGACAGGGCGUACAUCGGCUGGAUCCCCGUCGACGAGUGGAAGAACGUCACGCGAAAGGAAUGGGAAAGCGUAAGACUACCCGGCGAGAAGAAGGGUUGGGACGAGUGGAGUACCUCGGAUCUUUAAACGUGAGGUCCUAUGAUAUCUAAUUAGCGUGGAGCUUGUACUUUGAAACGACAUUUGUUAUUAUUUCGGCCACGUUCCUGUAAUUGUUGGAAAUAUGUUGGAUUAGGAGGAGCAUUUCACCAAGCAUUAUCACAUGUUCGUACGUCAAUCCUUAUCGUCGGCAACUUCGGUAAUUUGGAAUAGCAACGACAGAAACAGAAACGGAUGGGAAUACCUACCAUAACCGCUAAGAUUGAUCAAUACUUUCACGAAGAUAUGCUCAAUUUGUUUUUAA